AUGGCCUGCCUCACCAAAAGCACCCACAACCCCCUCGCCCACCACCAAUCUAAGCCCCCAACCCGCGCCUGGUGGAAAGAAGCCUCAAUCUACCAGAUCUACCCAGCCUCCUUCGCCACCCACCCCAACCAGACCGUCAACCACGGCACCAUCCGCGGCAUAAUCUCCAAGCUCCCCUACAUCCGCAAACUCGGCGUCGAUGCCAUCUGGCUGUGCCCGAUCUACGCCUCUCCGCAGAAGGACAUGGGGUAUGACAUUUCGGACUACCGCGCCAUCCAUCCGCCCUACGGCACGCUCGAGGACGUGGAGGAGCUGAUUGGUACUGCGCACGGGAUGGGGUUGAAAGUGAUCAUGGAUCUUGUGGUGAACCACACCUCGGACCAGCAUGCUUGGUUCCGGUCCAGCCGUCGUCGCGAGGGCGAUAAGGGGGACUGGUAUAUCUGGCGGGACGCCAAAGUAGACUCAACGACGGGGCAGCGGAAACCACCAAACAACUGGGCGAGCAUGUUCGGCGGCAGCGCGUGGAGUUGGGAUGAGGUACGGCAGCAGUACUACCUCGCCCUCUUCACCCCGGAACAGCCCGACCUGAACUGGGAGAACCCGGACGUCGUCGAAGCAGUGCACGACGUGAUGCACUACUGGCUCAAAAAGGGCGUGGAUGGGUUCAGGAUGGAUGUCAUCAACAUGAUAAGUAAGGAGCCCGGGUUGCCGGAUGCGGAGGUCGUGUGGGAAGGGAAGGAGUGGCAGCCGGGAGCGAAGUGGUUUGCGUAUGGGCCUAGGUUGAAUGAAUAUCUCAGGGGACUGAGGAAAGUGUUGGAUGACAUUGUCGACAUGGACAUCGGCUCAGGGACCAAGUUCUCCCCUCGUACCUGGGACGCCAACACCCUCAAAGCAAUAGUCAAUCGUUGGCAGACCUUCAUGUGGGACGUCGACGGCUGGAACGCUCUAUUUCUCGAAAACCACGACCAAGCGAGAAGUGUCAGCCGCUUUACAAUUCACCGGCCCGAACACCGUGAGCUAGCGGCGAAGAUGUUGGCGACCUUUAUCGCGUGUCAGCAGGGGACGCUGUAUGUAUAUCAGGGGCAGGAGCUGGGGAUGACGAAUCUGCCCAAGACAUGGGGCCCUGAAGAAUAUAAAGACAUCGAAACACAAAACCUGUACAAAGAAGCCGAGGCAGAUUUGGCAAGGACGGGUGAUAAAGAGGCGUUCGAGGUGGUGCUGGGGGAGAUGCGGAAGAAGGCUAGGGAUCAUGCGCGCAGUCCGGUGCAGUGGACUGGUCAGGAAGGUGGUGGCUUCGAGGUUGCGGAUGGGCAGAAGCCGUGGAUGAGGAUGAAUGACAACUACAAGGAAAUCAACGCGGCUAAGCAAGAGGGUGAGGAAGGGAGUGUGUUGAAUUAUUGGAGGAAGCUGUUGAAGGUGAGGAAGGAGUACAAGGAUACCUUUGUGUACGGGAGGUUUGAGAUGGUGUUGGAUGGGAGUGAGAAAGUCAUUGCGUACAAACGAGUUGAGGAGGAUGGUGUGGUGGCAUUUGUGGUGCUGAAUUUCGUGGACGAGGAUGUUCAGUGGCAGGCACCGAAGGAGUUCCAGGAAGCCUUGAAGAGUGGAAAGGAAGUGCUUGGGACGUAUUCAGGAGCACCGGUCGUGAAGGACAAGGUUUUAGUGCUUCGGCCUUUCGAAGUGCGGGUUGCGCUUGUUGGGGAUAGCAAGUGA